GUGGCGGUCACGCUUUGGCACUCGAACGUGCAGGGGGCCCCGAACCAAGACGACCUCAGGAGUGCUCUACGACACGCGACCCGCAUGGACGCCGACGUCGUAGUGCUCACAGAGACUCACUGGGACAAGACGCGUGCGAAGGAGCGCGUAUCCGCGCGCAGCAAGUUCGGCCACGCCUUCGCAACGGCCUCUCACACGACCACUCCGAACACAGCGGGCGUGGCCAUCUACGGUCCAGCAGGCCGGGUAGCAUCAGCAGUGCUUCGCGCAGGCUCAACGGACGUCUUGAUCAUCGGAGUGUACGGCCACUCCGGCACCAAGCGGGCAUCGAAGGCCGGCAGGGCCGCUCUCGCAGAUGCUCUCGCCGUGCGCGCUGCUGCCGCCGACCUACCAACAGUCAUGAUUGGGGAUUGGUGCAUCGAUUAUUCACGCAGCCGCAGUUUGACGACACUCGAUGCCAAGCUCGGCCCACCUGUCUCGGACGAGCUUUCAGCCAAGAGUCCAUCCGACCACGUCCAACACUGCACGGAGUUCGCCGUGGGCGCCGACGCCGACGUCACCUCCCUACGACGCCACCACCCGCUGGCACCUCCCGCCUCCAAAGCCUUGUGGUUGGAAGCAUGGGAGCGCGCGGCCACCACCACGCGCCUCGCCGAGGCGGCGGCCGGGCACGACCCGAGCGCGUAUUGGCAGGCUUGGUCGGACACCCUGGAGCUCAGCGCCGGUGUCCCCCAGCACAGCCUCACCAGGUCCGACGGCGACGACGUGCGGCGAUGGACCAAGGUGUGGAAAUCUGCCGCGGACCACGCCAACACCGAGGAGCACCGACAGCCAGUCGCAGAACGGCGACUCCGACGCGUCUACCGGCGCCUCCUGCAGUACGGCAACAUCCAGGGCGAGGACGCGGCACUCAGCGCCUCCCUCGCCAGGAGCCUCGGCUCCCUGGUUUCCGACGGUAAUCCCCACCCGGCCACUUACGACGACGCCGUCUGCAGCGUUCGACGGGCCAUCCGGGCCUUCGAGGAGGAGGUCAUCCAGUCCCGCUUGAACCAGUGGAGACACCAACAGCAGCAUCAUUCCAUGACGUCUGCCUACGCCUACGUCCGCAACGCAGCCAACGCCCCCCCCGCGGCCGCAACCGAUCCAACCUCGGGCCGGCUCUCCGGGGGAUGCGCCGCCAGCAUUGAGGCAGCCAAGCGCGCCUGGGACGCCAAGAUGGCCGCUCCCCCAGACACCUCCAGCCUCGACCAGUAUUUCGCCGAGGCCGCCAGAUACGUGGCCCCAGUCCGACCGUGCGUGGAGUGCGGCGGAAAGCGGCACCUCGAGUGGGACAGGUUCACCGUUGCAGGCCUCAAGGCGGCAGCAUGUGGUUGCCGGGGCACCGCAGCCGGGCCCACGGACUACGACGCCGAUUUCCUGCUCUCCAUGCCCACGCCUGCGUGGCAGCACCUGGCGGACCUCGCUGACAUGAUCAUGGGCACGGGCAUCUGGCCAGACGCGCUCCGCGCGCAGAACGUGACCUUCAUUCCGAAGAUCUCCUCGCAGGACCUGCGCCCGAUCGCCGUCAUCCCCGUCGUCACGCGCACCCUGUCGAGGUGCCUUGUUCAACAUUACCGUUUCUGGACCACCAGGGUCCAAUCUACAGACGCGGUCGGGCAGCUGCUCCGGUUCGAGGCCGCCGUCACCGCGCGCAUAGCCGACAACCGCCCGACAGUUGCACGCACCAGUGACCUGGCCAGUCGCUUCAAUCACAUCGACCCGUCUUUGGCGGAGCGAGCGGCGGUUCUUCACGGCAUGCCGGACACGCACGCUCAUUUCCUCUUCUCCGUGAACGUGGACAAGCCCACAAUUCUCCGUGGUGGAGAGUACGCCAUGCGCGCCCCACCGCCAGACAGCGGUCUUGCACAGGGCGACCCGAACUCUCCGGUGGGAGCGGCUGUGGUCGCCGCCACGCACAAGGCAAUCUUGAAGAGCACAGUCGACGGCCUGCAGUACUUCGACACGUACGUCGACGACAGGACGGCCCUGACCAACUCUUUGGAGGCAGACCGACAUUAUACCUUGGAGGUGGCACGUCUGGACCGCCUCACGGGACAACGCGAAGAUCCCAAGAAGGGCUCUAUGGCGGCGGUCUUCCUUACCAACGGCGCCGACCGCGCCGACAGCACCCUCCCCCUCCCCCUCCCCCUCACCAGCAGUCGCGCCGACAACCACAUCGACACCGACAUCGAGGUGGCGGCCCGCGCACCGAACGGAGGGCAGGGGAGCUCCAGGCGCAUGGCCAUGGUGAGAGCAACCAUGUCCUUGUGGCGCUGGGACGCUCCGUGGGUCAUGGCCGACGACACGGACCUGCACAGCAUGCGCUACGACAGAGACAAGACCAUCACCGGGAGACAAAGACAUUGGGCAUGGAGGCACGGCGGUGCUUUCUGGCUCACCACGGACAAAGGAUGGCUCGUGGAGCCCUUCGCGGUGCAGUUCUCGGCCGAACGGAGCGCUUUCAUGCUGCAUGGUUGGCACGACCAACACCGCCCUCAACUCUGCACUUUGGCGUACCGGGUGCUCAACUACAAACUGGCGGUCUUCCGGCCGUGGCACGCCGCGUGGCUUGCAGCCGCCGCGUCCGGCCGACAGCAGCAACAAUAA